CAGGGAAAGGACGCGAGAUCACCGUCGAUCUCCUGAGAUCGACUGCCAAUAAGGAAGGAUGAAAUUCGUUCACUGGAUGACUUGAUUUUGCAGAAGCUAGGGUUUCGUUCUGGACGUAUACUAGAGGAUCCGGAAAUUUGGAUUUCAAUGGCGGAGGCGGCGUCUGCUUCGAUCAUGAAACCAGAUCUCUUCAAGUUCUCGAUGAGGAAUCUUAAAUUGAAGACCAAGCAGCAAGAGCUGCUCACGCGUUUUGCUAUCCUCUUGUUCGUCUACGUCCUUGCUUUCGUCGUUCGCCUCUUUAGUGUUCUUAGGUACGAGAGCAUGAUCCAUGAGUUCGAUCCCUACUUCAACUACAGAACUACCGUUUACCUCACUGAGAAUGGAUUCUAUGAUUUCUGGAACUGGUUCGAUUUUGAGAGUUGGUAUCCUCUGGGACGGAUCAUUGGCGGAACACUUUACCCUGGGCUCAUGGUCACCGCGGCGUCGAUCUACCGUCUGCUUCGGUUUCUCAGCUUCGCCGUUCAUAUCCGUGAGGUCUGCGUGCUCACUGCCCCAUUCUUCGCUUCGAACACUACACUGGUGGCCUACUUCUUCGGGAAGGAGCUGUGGGACUCGGGGGCGGGGCUUGUGGCAGCAGCCCUUAUUGCAAUUUGCCCCGGUUACAUCUCGAGAUCAGUUGCGGGCUCCUACGAUAACGAGGGUGUGGCUAUAUUCGCCCUGCUGCUGACGUUCUUCCUGUUUGUGAAAGCCGUGAAUACGGGUUCGUUGGCAUGGUCUCUGGCGUCAGCAUUUGCCUAUUUCUACAUGGUUUCUGCCUGGGGAGGCUACAUCUUCAUAAUCAAUUUGAUCCCACUUUAUGUUCUUGUGCUUCUUAUCACUGGCCGUUAUUCUAUGAGGUUGUACAUUGCGUACAAUUCUAUGUAUAUUCUGGGAAUGCUGCUCGCAAUGCAGAUCAGGUUCGUCGGAUUUCAGCAUGUUCAGUCAGGGGAGCAUAUGGCUGCAAUGGGUGUUUUCUUCUUGAUGCAGGUAUUUUACUUCGUUGACUGGAUCAAGUAUCUUCUCAAUGAUGCCAAGUUAUUCCAAGCCUUUUUGAGAGUCACGGUGACAUGCGCAGUAGCAGUGGGUGGUCUUGCUCUUGGAGUUGGCAUGGCUUCAGGGUACAUUUCCCCAUGGACAGGCCGCUUUUAUUCCCUACUUGAUCCAACGUAUGCAAAGGACCAUAUUCCUAUCAUUGCCUCCGUGUCUGAGCAUCAGCCAACUGCUUGGUCAUCUUUUAUGUUUGAUUAUCACAUUCUGCUGAUUCUUUUCCCAGCUGGACUCUACUACUGCUUUAAACGCUUGUCAGAUGCCACAAUUUUCAUUGUUCUCUAUGGCCUCACAAGCUUGUACUUUGCCGGUGUGAUGGUUCGUUUGAUUCUUGUGGCUACGCCUGCAGUCUGCCUUAUCAGUGCUAUUGCAGUGUCUGCCAGUUUAAAGAAUUUGACGACUUUGGUUCGUGCAAAAGCCAAGCCUCUGCAUUCUGGUUCCAGCAAGAGCAGCCAGAAAGCCUCAGCCAAGGGGUUGCUUGAUUCAUCUCUUCCCUUCCAGAGAGAUGGUGCUAUUGCUCUUCUUAUGGCUGCAUUUUUCCUACUUUCUAGAUAUGUUAUACACUGCACAUGGGUUACAUCAGAGGCGUAUUCUUCCCCUUCUAUAGUCUUGGCUGCCAGGGGUGCCCAUGGUGGAAGAGUGAUCUUUGAUGACUAUCGUGAGGCAUACUUUUGGCUCCGCGAAAAUACUCCCCCGGAUGCUAAAGUGAUGUCAUGGUGGGAUUAUGGGUAUCAGAUAACUGCAAUGGGCAACAGAACUGUGAUUGUGGAUAAUAACACAUGGAAUAACACUCAUAUAGCAACUGUGGGACGAGCAAUGUCUUCGUAUGAACAUGAAGCGUAUGAAAUAAUGCAAUCGUUGGAUGUGGAUUAUGUGCUUGUUGUGUUUGGAGGUGUUACAGGGUAUUCAUCUGAUGACAUAAACAAAUUUCUGUGGAUGGUACGAAUUGGAGGAGGAGUUUUUCCAGUCAUAAAGGAAUCUGAUUACCUUGUCAACGGUGAAUAUCGGGUUGAUAAAGGGGCAGCUCCAAAGAUGUUGAAUUGCCUUAUGUAUAAGCUUUGUUACUAUCGGUUUGGGGAAUUGCACACAGAGUAUGGAAGACCCUCAGGUUGGGAUCGGGCUCGGGGAGUGGAAAUUGGAAAUAAAGAUGUGAAGCUUGAAUACCUUGAGGAGGCCUACACAACGUCAAACUGGAUAAUUAGAAUUUACAAAGUGAAGCCACCGAGUAAUAGGUGGUGAAGCAAGCGACAAUUUUAAAUCGAGUUCUUUCAGAAGAGAACCAUGUGACUUAAAACAAAAUGUUGAGCUAGAGGAAUUUUGCCACAAUGUAACUUAUGCUAGAGCGGGAAACAAAUACCAGUCUUAUUUGUUUAGAUGGUUGUUAGCAUAUACAUUAUUCCUGAUGGCGACUUCUCAGGAGAGUAAUUGAAUUUGCAAGUUUUAGUUGCAUCUUUGCGGAUUGGUGUAAUAUGAAGUAUGCUCAUUAGGUAUGCUUA